AUGGUUUACACCGGAAAGCCGAGCAGGGGAUGUGGCAUGUGUAAGAGCCGAAGAAUCAAGUGCGACGAGAAGCGACCAACAUGUGGCAAUUGCAAGAAGUCGGCUCGAACAUGUCCCGGUUAUCCCGACGACUUCGAUUUGGUCUUUCGAGAUGAAAACAAAGCUAUGGCCAAGAAGGCAAGGAAAUCCUCUGGAACGACAGCAUCAAGCAACAGCACCGGCGCGUCAAGUUCCAACCCUUCUCCGCAUCUGUCACCUUCUUCGACGUUUGAUGUAUCGCCAGGAGAAAACGGAGUACCAGGAGAGAAGGCCUUCCAGAUAAUAACAUCACGAUCACAUUCUCCAUCAGACUUAAGCCAAUCACAACAGAUACUGGCCUUACCCAAUUACACAACACCACCAUUACCUCUUAAUCAGGCGUUUGAUUUCGAAGCGUUUGUGUGGAAUCUCGAAAAUGCAGUGCCCCCAACUAUCUCACUUGCGCCAGAAGCUGAAGCCGUACCCUUCUUCUUCAAGAACUUCAUUACCCUACCACAACAAGCCGAAAGCACCAGAGGCUAUCUAGAGUAUCUCGUGCCUCUCUACAAUCGUGCUCGCCCAUCCUCCGUUCUUCACCUAGCCACUACUGCUGUUGCAAUGGCAACAUGCGGCCAGUAUCCUGGCCGACAAGAGCUACUCCGGGAAGCAGUAUCUACCUAUGGCAAAGCUAUCAAGAAACUGAAUGACGAUCUGAAAGAUCCAGUGAUGGCGAAGAGCGAUGAAAGUGUGCUUGCCAUUCUUAUGUUUUCACUGUACGAGACAAUAAUGAGCACAGACGAUACUAUCACAGCGUGGGGAAACCAUGUCGACGGUGCUGUCGCGUUGACAAAGUUAAGAGGCAUGGAUCAGUUCAAUGACCCAAUCUCUCAUGCCAUGUUCCGCGCUGUACGGACGAUGAUGAUCACAAGCUGCGUUCAACGCUCGAAGCCUAUCGACUCGUUCCCUGGCGCGGGAGGCUGGGUUGGUAAAGGCGACAUAUCAGAGGAAAAUGCUGCUAACCGCCUGACACUCAUCUGUAUCGACCUUCCAAACCUCCGUGCUCGCGCAAACACCCUCACCACCACACCAUAUGAUCUGGCCUACGAAUCAGAAGCGAAGCAAAUUCUCGAGUUCGCACAAAUGGUCGACGACAACCUCGAAGAGUGGUACCGUACACUACCCCCCGAAUGGAAACAUCGUAUCAUUGGUGUCGUUAGCGAAAGACUUGCCCCUGAGGAUAUUGCGCUGGCGGAAAAAUGGCCAGGAGAACAGCAUGUAUAUCAUGACGUGCCAUUGGCGAGUAUAAUGAACGACUACCGUGUAUGCCGGAUAUUCUGUCGGAGAGUAAUCAUGGCAUGUGUGACAUGGCUGAGUUUCAGUGGUAACUAUGCAGAUGGCGACGAGGCAUGGAAUAAGAGUGUGUUUGUCAUCCAGAUGAUGGUGGACGAGAUCAGUGCGUGUAUACCGUUCCAUAUGAGCUACGAACUACAACCAAUGGCCAAGGAGAUGGGCCAGGAGCAGAAUGCUGCGGAGGCCUAUGGAGGGUACUCAUUAGUGUGGCCGCUGUACGUUGCAGCAAACGCUGAGACGGUACCGCAACAACAGCGUGACUGGUUGCUAGGUCGACUAUCAGUCAUUGGCACCAAGUUUGGGCUGAGUAGUGCUCAGGUGCUGGUAUUAGCACGGAGACAUGUUCUGACAUGUGGGCCUAUGUUUCCUUGA